AUGGACCGCGAACAGUUCCGGGAGGCCGCCCACUCGGCCAUUGACGACAUAAUUAACUACUUCGAUGACCUCCCAAACCAGCGCGUUGUCCCCACCAUCGAACCAGGCUACCUUCGUCCCCUAAUCCCGACCUCACCCCCCGAGAAUCCCGAACCAUGGAGCGCCAUUCAAUCCGACAUCGAAACCAAGAUCAAGCCGGGCAUCACCCACUGGCAAUCCCCCAACUUCAUGGCCUUCUUCCCCGCAGGUGUCACCUACCCCAGUAUUCUGGGCGAAAUGUACAGCGCAGCAUUCACAGCGCCUGCGUUCAACUGGCUCUGCUCCCCGGCGUGCACGGAACUCGAGACCAUCGUGAUGGAUUGGCUCGCUCAGGCCCUUGCAUUGCCGGAAUGUUUCCUCAGCACGUCGGAGAACCGCGGAGGGGGCGUAAUUCAGGUUACGGCAAGUGAUACGGUCGCGACGAUGAUGAUUGCUGCAAGGGAGAGACGGGUGACUGAGAUGGUGGUGAGUGAGGGGUUCAAGCCUGAUACAGUGGAGUAUGAGGAUCGGAUGAUGGAGUUGAGGAGUCGGUUGGUGGCUUUGGCGAGUAACCAGGCGCAUAGCAGUACGGCGAAGGGGGCGUUGUUGGCGGGAACGAGGUUCAGGAGUGUUGAGGCGAGGUUGGAAGAUAACUUGGAGAUGACCGGGGAGAGGUUGAGAACUGUUUUGGAGGGGUUGGAUCGUGAUAAGCUGACGCCUUAUUUUAUUACCUUGGGAUUGGGGACGACGAAUUCGUGUGCCGUUGAUCGGUUCAGGGAGAUCAAGGCUGUGUUGGCCGAGAAGGAACAUUGGAAGAGGAUUUGGGUCCAUAUUGAUGCUGCUUAUGCGGGUGCGGCGCUGGUCGCGGAUGAGUGGCAGUAUAUUUCGAAGGAGUUUGCCGAGGGCGUCGACAGCUUUAACAUGAAUAUGCAUAAGUGGCUGUUGGUUAACUUUGAUGCUAGCUGCCUCUUCAUCCGCAACCGCGAAGACCUCACCAACGCCCUCGACAUUACCCCCGCCUACUUGCGUAACCACUACUCCGAUUCCGGCAAAGUGACCGACUACCGCAACUGGAGCAUGUCCCUGGGCCGCCGAUUCCGCGCCCUAAAAAUCUGGUUCGUCAUGCGCAGCUACGGUCUCACCGGUAUGAAGGACUACAUCCGCAAAUCUAUCGGAUUGGGCGAGACCUUUGCAGGUCUGGUGCGCGGGCGCGCCGACCUGUUUGAUAUUAUCACCACGCCUGCAUUCGGGUUGACUGCGGCGAAUGAGCUCACGAAGGAGGUGUAUGAGCUGGUGAACUCACGGGGAGAGAUCUUUAUUACAUCGACGGUUGUUUGUGGGGUUUAUGCCAUUCGGGUUGUGAGUACGAAUCCGGCGGCCGAGGAGAAGUAUGUGAAGCGGGCAUUUGAGAUUUUGGUGGAGACGGCGGAGGAGAUCAUUAAGCGGGGGUAG